AACAAAUAAAACCCCAUUCAGUUUGCGGAAGAAAGAUAAAUCGAGGAGUAUUUUAUAAUCCGGAGCAUCCAUCAGAGUUUGAAGAGAGAAGAGCAAACGGGUUUUAGCAAUCGCCGCAAAAAACAUGACUUCGUCGGAGAUUGCAGCUGCCGGGAGGUUCUCUGGUCAGAGGUCCAAUUUCUCCAACACCUGCAACCGCCUUAGCCAGUACAUAAAGGAGAACCGCUCGUUUGGCGAUCUCAGCCUUAGCCUCACCCGCAAUCCUGUCCCUUCCGGAAAUUCGAGACAGACAAUGGAUCUGUUGCCGAUGAUUGAGAAAUCCGGUCAGAAACCCAUGAAUUUGUUUCCUAACGCGGAAGAGGCAACCAGGAUUACCGAUUUAAGCGGGAUGAAAAGGGGGGAUGACCAGAAAAAGGCACAAAUGACAAUUUUCUAUGGUGGGCAAGUGGUUGUGUUCAAUGACUUCCCAGCGGAAAAGGCUCAGGAAAUCAUGCUUCUUGCCAGUAAUAGCAUGCCGUCUCCUUCUCCUCCUCCUCCUAAACAGCUGGCUUCGCCUUCACCCGUUUCGAUGGCUCUCCCACCGCCUUGUUUUAUCAACCAGAGACCUCCUCAGCAUCCUAUUGUUUCUGCAGAUUUGCCUUUAUCAAGGAGGGCAUCACUUAGCCGGUUCUUGGAGAAGAGAAAGGAUAGGUAGAAUGGGUAAUUAAAUCUUAGGGACCGCAAAAGAGUCUCACAAUAUAUGUUGUGUAUAAUAUGGUAUAUGUUUUUGAAUUUGAUUCUUUCUUGAAUUGCAGAAUCGUGUCUUUGGGCCCAUAUCCAAUGAGCAAUCUUAAGUACAAUGGAACAGCAGCUUCAUCUUCAUCGUCUUCUUCUAAGGGGGUUAUUGAGAGCAAGGGAUGGUUGGGAUUGGGUGCCCAUUUUCCUGUGAAAACAGAGCAAUGAUUAAUUUGAUUGAUUAUUAUUGUAGUAUUAAAAAUCAUUAAUAUCAGUAGAUGAUUAGUGUAAUCUGCUUGGUACGGUUGGGAGCAUCCUUAAAUUUUAUAGUCUUCCUUAACUUUGUGUUUAUCUGAAGUAAUUAAUUUCAGCUUCCAUGCGUCCAAAUAUUUAGAUCUAGUUUGAUUAAGUAGUGCUGCCCCCAUUAUAUCAACUGUAAUCCAUGUAAUUAGUUGCUCAGAUCUUUCCUAAUUUUGCAGAAGUAUAGCGAGUCACUCCAAAUUAUC